UACUCGAGCUGUGUCCCCCUCUCAAACUGUCCCACUCACUCAAAGACCUCAUACACUCACGCAGCGAUUUCAGACACUUAGACCAGUGUUUCGUCACACAGGCUUUAUCAGCGCUUUUAUUGCCACAGGUUAUCCCAUUGUGUCUCUCUUUGUCUGGGCUGAAUCUCCACCGUCCGCUCUGGGACUUGGCUUGGCUCUACUGUCUCUGUCUCUCAACCCCUCCCCCCUACAGCACCCGGAGGGUGGGACAGACUUCUUGCUGACCCACAAUGUUUCUGGUUCUUGUUGUGACGCCGGAACUAAGGGAGUUCUUGGCCAGAGCAAGGGGUGGAGCUGUCCGCCUCAUCCAGGUGCGGAUCCAGGACGAACAGCUGGUGCUUGGGGCAUUCAGAGAGCCGACACAGAGCUGGGACCAGGACUAUGACCACUUCCUACUUCCUCUGCUGGACGACCAGGAGCCUUGCUACAUCCUGUACCGCCUCGACUCCCAGAAUGCCCAGGGAUACGAGUGGAUCUUCAUCUCCUGGUCUCCGGACCAAUCUCCAGUGAGACAGAAGAUGCUGUACGCUGCCACCCGUGCCACAGUGAAGAAAGAGUUUGGUGGUGGUCAUGUGAAGGAUGAGAUGUUUGGCACAGUGGAGGAGGACAUCUGUCUCGAGGGCUACCAGCGUCACGUGUCCUCCAGCUCCGGCCCUGCCCCACUCACAGCUGCUGAACAGGAGCUGCGGAGAAUCAAAAUCAACGAGGGAAGGGUUAAGCAGGUGAAAACAGAGACCAGUGUGGAGAAUAAGCACCAAACACUGCAGGGCCUUGCUUUCCCACUGCAGGAGGAAGCCAAACAGGCUCUACAACAACUCGCACAGAAAGGCAUCAACUACAUACAGCUGAAGUUGGACACAGAGAAAGAGACUAUAGAGCUGGUCCAUUCCGACCCGACAGAGACCCGUGAGCUGCCUUGCAGGGUUCCCACGGAUACACCCAGAUAUCACUUCUUCCUCUAUAAACACUCUCAUGAAGGGGACUACCUGGAAUCUGUUGUGUUCAUCUACUCCAUGCCAGGGUACAGCUGUAGCAUUAAGGAGCGGAUGCUGUACUCCAGUUGUAAGAGUCGACUGCUGGAUGAGGUGGAGAAGGAUUACCAUCUGGAGGUGGCCAAGAAGAUGGAGAUUGACAGUGGGGGUGAGUUGACAGAGGAGUUCCUGUAUGAUGAGGUCCAUCCUAAGCAGCAGGCCUUCAAGCAGGCCUUCGCCAAGCCUCGUGGCCCAGCAGGGAAGAGAGGCAACAAACGUCUCAUCAAGGGCCCAGCGACUAGGGAGAGCAGGCCGGAAAGUUAGAGAGAGGGACAGAGCUUGGUCGUCUCGGCAGCCCUUUCCUGAAUCCUCCUCCUGUUGCCACAUCCUCUGGCAGCUUGUUUGGCCACGAAGAAGGAAAAGGAGAAGAAUAUGGAGGGAUUUCUGUCAUUUUUAUUUCCCCCUGCCUUUGCUUGUGUUUUAACAAUGUGUCAAUAAUGUACGUGCUCUUCAUGAACAUCAGCUAUAGCAGUGGCUCCCAAACUGUGGGGGAGCGAAAGGUCAGCAUGGGGAAGAAGAGGGGUCGUCAGGGGGAACUCACUCCGGCUUUCAACUUACUCCAAACUUACUGUGCAAUUUCUAUAUUGCAUCAGCAGUUUGCAGACCUUUCAUAUGAUAUACUGUAUACCUUGUUAGAAGUGCUUAGAUCAACUAGGCCAUGUCAGCAAACGUUUUUUUUAUCUAGGUUUUUUCUAGCCUGUUGAUUUUGUUGUAAUGUUUUGAAGCACUCAACUAUCACAUGAACACACAUAAGAAAUGGCAGAAUGUGUAGAAUUGCAGGGAAUUUGUUUUAAAAUGGCAACAUUUUCUCUGCACCCCAUAACAAAAUGUAUAGAAUUAUGGGAAAUAAGCUUUAAACCUACAACAUUUCAUGAACAUUGCUUGUGCCCAUAGAAAUAGAUGUGGCUUGCUUGUGCGUGGGGAAAGGGGGGGUGUUCCCCAGUAAAAAAGUUUGGAAAACCCUAAACUAUAGGAUAAAACUAAGGAUUUCACUUGAUUUUUCUCAAUAUCUUUCCGUGUCACUCUUAAACACAACAUCCUACACAUACACACAGAUGGACUGACAGAUGGAUUGACAGAUGGACUGACAGUAAUUAAAGACCAGUGGGUGGUCUUACAGAUACCGCAGCCAAGUUUCUCUGUUGCUAAUAUCACAUACAGGAGAAGCCCUUCUCUCUAAUGUAUUGUCCAUACCUUGCCUGUUGCCACUAAAUGUUUUGUAUCAAACACGUUUUUAUAAACAGAUGAUACUAAUGAGAGGAAUUCCAAAUAAAAUAUAGUUUUUUUUCUGUAUGUUGUGUCAUAAAAAAACACAGCACAAAUUGCAUGGGCCCGAUGAUGCAUUAUAGCCUCUUGUUGCAUCUAUGGCCACGCAGAGGGGACAGGGAGGACACGUCUCUAGCAGUGUUCCGACAAGACUAUUGAAGGCCGCAGCACUAGUCCGGCCUGUUGGGGCAGCGAAUGGCCAUCCUUUAGCAUAAGCAGAGGCGAUCAACAUGUGCAGGCAGUCAUGCAUAAUUACCACAGAGCAGAUUCCCUGUUAUUAUGAAUGCCUUCUUAAUUGAAUUAGCAAGUAGCCUAUUAGUAGGCUACACAUGCCUUUGAGAGCACGCAAAUGAAAAGACCUGCUGAUAGCCUCUGUUUAUACAUUUACACUAGGUCAAGUUAGGUAAAGGCAACUCAAACAUCUAUAUAUCACAUGAUGACAUAUUGACCGAUUACACACGGUACGUACGUCAGUGUUGGUUAACAUUACAUCCUUGUUCUUCACUGGUCCUGGGGACACGCAUUUCCAGUGCAGUUCUAACACACCUGAUUCAAUUAGUAAGCCUUAGGUAAGACCAGGCAGGAAGAAAAACUAAAUGACCGUUUACAACAGUUUGUUUCAAAGCUUACUCUACCGAACAAAUAACCAACCAAAUCACUGUGGCAAAUUAAUGUCAGGGCAAACCUAAAA